ACGUUGAUAUGUUUGGCGUUCAGAAAUUUUGUCAUCAUGUCAUGUAUCUCAAACUUCGGUGGAACCUCACUUAGUCCCACGGUCACACAGUAAAGGUAACUUUUAAUAUGAGAGGAUCCAGUACAGUGUGGAAGUGCGGACUAUAAGACGAUCAUAAUGGCAGAACUAUUGAUGUUGACCAAGAAGCGAGUGCUGGCUUUUGUUGGUUUUCUAUCUUUGAUAAUGUUCACAACUUUGAUCUUGAAAAGUCACUGGGACUAUACAACUCAGCUUGCCAGACAGGAAGAGGAAAUAAAGAGCAAAGUCAAGAAGUCCAGUCCAUGUGAAUCAUACACGGAGGUAUCAAGGUGUGAACGCUGUUCUAAGGAAGAAUUGAGAACGCUGGUUAAGCAUUGUAUGGAGACUGGGUUUAAACAGCGCAUUAGAUGUUCUGACGGCAAAGAAAGUUUUUUGUGGUGUGAUAUUUCUCCAGCAGUAGAAGAGAGUGACUUCUGGAGGUUUCAAGCAAUAGUUCUCACAGUGGGUCUCAUAUCAUAUGCAGUUGUGUACCUCAGACAGCAAAAGUUGGACCAAAAGCUGAUGGACAAAAUUCACAAGCAAAUAUCAGCAGGAGUAUGACACUGUGUUCUGUAUUUUGUUUCAUCAUCAUACGAAUUUGAUGUAUCAUAUUCAUCGAUUGUUAUUAUUUUUAUUUUUAUUUAAGUUGUUUAUUUCGGAUGUCAAGCGGCUUGUAUGAGGGCAGCACUUGCUAGUUCUACUAUUUUUCAAUCGGUUAUAUUUUCUUUUCGUCAGACAGUAGUAAGUGGGUUUUUUUGUGCUUCCCUCUUUAUUAUGCAGUGGGUGUCGCAUUCAACGAGGUUGCCGGGACCGGCUUGUUGUCCUA